AUGAAAUCUUUUUUAGGUAGAAUUCCAAUAGAUGCAGCUACAGUGACACCAUCAGUCCCGUCACACAAAGCUACAGCUGUUGGUUCUCCAGAGGACUUUGAGAAUAGCUGGCGAUCAAAAUUUUUGAAAAUACCUGUGCUUAUUCUUGGUAUUGUUCAAGCAGUUCUAACAUUACUCAUAAUCAUCCUUGAAAUAGCAUCAUUAGCUGUCUUUAACUAUCAACCGACAGGCGCUGGCAUCUGGUGUUCCAUUUCAUUCGUGAUAGCAGCUAUUUUAACUAUCAUGUUAGGUAAAUAUAUCUAA